UCGAGUAGGAGAUUUUUUAUUUAUUUAUUUAUUUUUUUUUUACGAACGAAAACAAGGGAAAAGAAGAAAAAUGGUGCUUUUAGAGACGAAUUACAUGAUACGAAGUCGCCUCACGAGUCGUCGACGGGUGUUGGACAAUUGGGAUGAUAAUCCGUCAUCAUCGGCGGCGGCUUCGAUGGCAACUAUGGAUUGGAAAAAUCGAUUGAAAUAUUACCGGGAGUUAGUGCGAAAGGCAAUUGAGGAGCGAAAAGUGUUUCGAAUCACAUCAGGAGCGACGCUAAUUAAAUUACGAGCUGAAUUACUGAAUCGCGGCUUCAUCGAACACGUGGUUAUUCGCCCACGGAGCGUUUAUUACGGCAUGAAUCUCAAAACGUUGCUCGAUGGGGCUCGUACCGGAAAUGAAUUCGAAAAUGCUCUAAUUAGCAAGUUGCUUGGAAGUUAUCAACCGAACUUUAUUUGGUGUCCCGUGGGGCAUUAUAAUGUUCAUGCCACGGCAAAUGAAGUUAAUCGCAUCGAAUUCACCGGAACUGACAUCAUCACGAAGCUCGGAAUUUGUCAUCAUGUGAAAAAAAUGAAUAAAAACAUGCCGAAAGGAACUAUCGUCAAUAUUCCGCGAAUGUAUGAGUUAACAAACGAAAAAGAUUUGCAAGAAUUUCACAAAGACUUCAACUGGACUCUUGUCGUGGGGCUCGUCAUGUUUCUGCACGAUCAAGCGAAUAUCGAGCGAUUUUUCAGUACGCGCCAUUAUCAAGUAGAAGUCAGCGGUGUCACGUAUGCGAUCGAUUGCAUCGAAAAUGCCGUGGCAGCUAUCGAAGCAGGAACCCGAAAACACGGCGAAAUUAACGAAACGUACUUUGACACGUACCAAUGGCGAAAAAUCGUUCAAACGCACAAAGCCAUCGUUAAACAACGAGGUCGCAUUCAUGGAACAACUGAAAUGGCUUUGAAUCUGGGACAAAGAAUCCGUAAACUUGGUCUUGCUAUUAAAUAUUAUUGGCCUCAGCAUCGUUACGACGGUUACAACAACGUUUGGAUCCUCAAACCGGGUUCAGCAAAUCGUGGCGAAGGUAUUUGCGUUACAGAUGAGACACGACGCAUGUUUCGGCGCAUAAGAAAUGAUGACAAACACCGUAAAUUUGUCGUGCAAAAGUACAUUGAACGACCUUUUACGAUUCACCAGACCAAAUUUGAUUUGCGAUUGUAUCUGUUAAUUGUGAUUGACGAGCACCAUUAUCGUGGAUGGACUCCUAAAGGCAUUGGGGAUGUGAAAAUUUGUAGUAUGCCAUAUACGUUGGAUUGCUUUUCCGACGGAAGACACAUUACGAAUACAGUUGUGCAGGAAAAGUAUAAACAACAAACGCAGUCGCUGCCGGAUCAGCAUAUGUGGAGUUUGACGACACUUUUUGAGUAUUUGGAGAGGCAGGGGCAUCGGGAUAUCUAUGAGAGGAAGAUUUAUCCGAUGGUGAAGGAGACGUUGAAGCAGAUCUCCAAAUCUGUCAUGGAUGAAGUAGAACUAUGUCCCGUUCGCUUUGAACUGUUUGGCGUCGAUGUGAUAAUCGACCAUGACUUCACACCAUACUUGCUCGAGGUGAAUAGAGGCCCAUCGUUACAACAUUUCACCUCCGUUUCCGUACUCGCCAACAAUAAACUGAUAGAAGAUCUCAUGAAAGUUGUUAUUGAUCACAACCGGGAUCCAUCUGCGCCAACAGGUACUUUUGAAGUUGUGUACGAGGAAAAUAUCGAGGACGUUGUCAUCGAUACUCGAAUAAUCGAAGCCAAUGCGAGGAAACAAAGCACCGACAUGAGUUGGAUCAAAACUUUGUGUUCGUCAUAGAAACUGGGGAUUUUUUUUUUGUUAUAAAUAUAUUUUUUUUAGUUUGAACAUAGUUCGGGAUAUGUGUAACGAUAAUAAUUUCUGAAUUUUAUUUAUUUUCUAACAAAUGUGUACGAAUAAAGGACCGAAAGAAAGCACA